CAAUUUUUGUCUUCCAGCCCAUUACAGAAGCAAAUGGGGAGGGGGAAGAUAGAGAUAAAGAGGAUAGAGAACACAACGAAUCGACAGGUGACAUUCUGCAAAAGAAGGAAUGGGCUUUUGAAGAAAGCUUAUGAGCUUUCUGUUCUCUGUGAUGCUGAAGUUUCCCUCAUCGUCUUCUCCAAUCGUGGUCGUCUCUAUGAGUACUCCAACAACAACAUUAGGUCAACUAUUGAGAGGUAUAAAAAGGCAUGUUCAGAUCAUUCAAGUACCAGCUCUCCCACUGAAAUCAAUGCCCAGUAUUAUCAACAAGAAUCUGCAAAGCUACGACAACAGAUUCAGAUGCUGCAAAGUUCUAACAGGCAUUUGAUGGGUGAUGCCUUGAGCAAUCUGAAUGUGAAGGAGCUGAAGCAGCUGGAGAAUAGACUUGAACGAGGCCUCUCUAGAAUCAGAUCCAAAAAGCACGAGAUGCUGCUGGCAGAAAUCGAAUACAUGCAGAAGAAGGAAAUUGAGCUUGAAAAUGAAAACCUUUGUAUUCGAACCAAGGUACAAAUCUAUGUAAUUUAUUAUUCGUUAUUUAUUUUAUUGAAAUAUGAGAAUGAAUAUAUAAAUGAGCAGAUAGCAGAAGUGGAGAGGGCAGAAGAAGAAGCGAUGGCAACAGGAGGGCAGGAUCUGAGUGCCAUUCAGGCUUUGGCUUCUCGAAAUUACUUCAUUCACGCUCUUCAUCCUUCUCCUUCUCACAACAAGAAUCUAAGCCUUGGGUAA